ACAAAUUUUGUGAAUUUAUAAAAAUGUAAUAUACUUAACAAAAUACAUUUAAAAAAAAAAAUAAACAAAAUUCUAUUCUAAAACAAAUCAAACAUUAUUGUGAAUACUUGUUUCAAUUUUUAACAAAUAGUAAUACAACAAAAAAUAAAUCAUGCCACAAAAUGAAUAUAUGGAACGGCACCGUAAAUUAUACGGUCGCCGAUUGGAUUAUGAACAACGAAUGCGUAAGAAAGAAGCUCGUGAGCCUCAUUUACGUUCAGAUAAGGCGAAACGUCUUCGUGGUCUAAAAGCUAAAUUAUAUAACAAAGAGCGUCGUAAUGAAAAGAUUCAAAUGAAGAAAAAGAUCAAGGAGCAUGAAGAAAAAUUACAGAAAAAGAAGGAAGAGAAACCCAAAGAAGGUGCAUUACCAGUUUAUUUACUUGACAGAGAUGUUCAAUCGAGUGCCAAAGUACUUUCUAAUAUGAUCAAACAGAAACGUAAAGAAAAAGCUGGAAAAUGGGAUGUACCUAUACCCAAAGUGCGUGCUCAAUCAGAUAAUGAAGUAUUCAAGGUAUUUAGAACAGGCAAAUCUAAGAGGAAAGGAUGGAAGAGAAUGGUAACAAAAGUAUGUUAUGUUGGAGAAGGUUUUACUCGUAAACCUCCUAAGUUUGAAAGGUUUAUAAGGCCAAUGGCUUUACGUUUCAAUAAGGCUCAUGUUACUCAUCCUGAACUUAAGGCUACAUUUUGUCUACCUAUUAUUGGUGUAAAAAAGAAUCCUAAUUCUCCAAUGUAUACAAAUUUAGGAGUUAUAACUAAAGGUACUGUUAUAGAAGUAAACAUUAGUGAGCUAGGUCUGGUAACACAAUCUGGUAAAGUAGUAUGGGGAAAAUAUGCACAAGUCACUAAUAAUCCAGAAAAUGAUGGAUGUAUUAAUGCUGUACUUUUGGUUUAAGUUCUUAUGUUUAUUUGCUUCAAUUGUAAAUAAUGAAAUAAAUAUCCAUUUUAUUACACUCA